UUUAAGGAACUCCUCGGGAGUUAACCUUGUCAUCGGUUUUUGAGGCCAUUCCAGUGUUGAUUGACCUUCCACGACUAAAAAAAUCAUGUCGUUUAAAUACUGGAAACAUGUUCCAGGUGUUUCUCCUGGUCUAAAGACUGCAAGAUAUUUUGCCCUUACUUUGGGAGUAGUGUAUGGCUUUAGGAAGAAGAAGGAACUGCAAGCUUAUGAAGAAGUUUUCCAGGAAGACCAGAUGAGAAUUAAGAUGGCCAUUAAGAGACUAGACAAAGAUAUUGGCUGGCUCAAAUACUAUGAUGAAAUGAAUGACUUAGCCUAUGAUUUAGGAGUCCCUAACAGAGUUGUACAUGCAGAUCGACCUUUAACACCACAGUUUAUGCAAGAAGAUUAACAGCACAUCAUAGACUUAUAAUAAUUUUUGUUUCUCUUUACAUUUCAAGUAAAAUAUGUGAUUCUUGUAAA